AUGAAGAGCGGCUCUCUCUCUCUCUCUCUCUAUCUAUCUAUCUAUCUAUCUAUCUAUCUAUCUAUCUAUAUAUAUAUAUAUAACAAACAUAUGUUUUUGGUUAUUGGAAUUUUAUUCCGUCUACAUCAAUCAUCUAUCUAUCUAUCUAUCUAUCUAUCUAUCUAUCUAUAUGCGCGGUACUUAUUGGAAAUUUAUUCAUCUAUCUAUCUAUCUAUCUAUCUAUCUAUCUAUCUAUCUAUCUAUCUAUCUAUUAUCUAUUCAUGUUUUUUCUUUCUUUCUUUCUUUCUUUCAUUUAUCUAUCUCAGUUUAUUCAUCUAUCUAUCUAUCUAUCUAUCUAUCUAUCUAUCUAUCUAUCUAUCUAUCUUUAGUUUAUUCAUUUUCUUCAGUUUAUUUCUCAGUUUAUCUCAUCUAUCUAUCUAUCUAUCUAUCUAUCUAUCUAUCUAUCUAUCUAUCUCAGUUUAUUCUUUCUUUCUCAGUUUAUUCAAUCUAUCGACCUAUCUAUAUCUAUUCCUACCUAUCUAUCUCAUCAAAUCUAUCUAUCUAUCUAUCUAUCUAUCUAUCUAUCUAUCUAUCUAUCUAUCUAUCUAUCUAUCUAACUGUGUAAGUCCUAUCUAUCUAUCUAUCUAUCUAUCUGUAUGUCAUAUCUAUCUAUCUAUCUAUCUAUCUAUCUUGUAUGUCAUCAUCUAUCUAUCUAUCUAUCUAUCUGCUUGUAUGUCAUAUCUAUCUAUCUAUUCAUCUAUCUAUCUAUCUUCUAUCUAUCUAUCUGUUUGUAUGUCAUAUUCUAUCUAUCUAUCUAUCUGCUUCUAUCUAUCUAUAAGUUUGUAUAUCUAUCUAUCUAUCUAUCUAUCUAUCUAUCUAUCUAUCUAUCUAUCUAUCUGUUUGUAUGUCAUAUCUAUCUAUCUAUCUAUCUGCUUGUAUAAGUCAUAUCUAUCUAUCUAUCUAUCUAUCUAUCUAUCUAUCUAUCUAUCUAUCUAUCUAUGUUUGUAUAAGUCAUAUCUAUCUAUCUAUCUCUAUCUAUCUAUCUAUCUAUCUGUAUGUCAUUAUCUAUCUAUCUAUCUAUCUAUCUAUCUAUCUAUCUAUCUAUCUAUCUAUCUAUCUAUCUAUCUGUUUGUAUGUCAUAUCUAUCUAUCUAUCUAUCUAUCUGUUUGUAUGUCAUAUCUAUCUAUCUAUCUAUCUAUCUAUCUAUCUAUCUAUCUAUCUAUCUAUCUAUCUAUCACUUUCGGCUUGUCUGCCUAUCUAUCUUUUCCGUUCUGUCUAUCUAUCUAUUUUCUAUAUCUAUCUAUCUAUCUAUCUAUCUAUCUAUCUGAUCAUUCGAAAUCUAGGAUUUACCUAGGGAAGAAUAUCUAUCUAUCUAUCUAUCUUAAUCUAUUCAUAACUUUCUCUCUAUCUAUCUUUGUAUCUAUCUCUUGCUCUUUUCAUAUCUAUCUAUCUAUCUAUCUAUCUAUCUAUCUAUCUAUCUAUCUAUCUAUCUAUCUCAUUCUGCCCAUAAGCUAG